GUAGUACCCGCCCCUUGAGUUCUUUAAAAAGCACAGGCACGCGUGACAAAGUGUUUGCAUCUCUGCAGCCAGGAUGGGAGAAACAAGUCUCACAAGAAGCUCCAAGGCGUUGUACUUCUCCCUGCUUAGCCUCCUCUUCUUUCUCCUCCUCCAGUCUGCCUCAGGACGGGAGCUGAAGUUUGUGAUUCUAAUUUAUCGACAUGGCGACCGAACUCCUAUUGAAAAUUAUCCCAACAGCCUAUACAACGAAAGCACCUGGCCACAGGGAUUCGGACAACUCACAAAGAUUGGAAUGCGGCAGCAGUAUGAACUUGGACAGUACAUCAAGAAGAGAUACUCAAAUUUCCUGAGUGCUGCGUAUGAACGAGAGGAGAUUUUGAUCAAGAGUUCAGAAACCGAUCGAACCAUUAUGAGUGCCCAAGCAAAUCUUGCUGGCAUGUACCCCCCGGCUGGUGAUCAAAUCUGGAAUCCUGAACUCCUUUGGCAGCCUAUCCCAGUACAUGUCGUACCAAAGGCAUCCAAUCCGAGAUUACGCUUUCCGAUUUUUGAGUGUCCACGCUAUAAGGAACUUUUGCAUGAAACAAUGACAUCAACUGAAUACCAGGUCAAAAUUCAACCAUACAAGAAAUUUCUGGGGAAAAUGGCUUUUUAUUCAGGGUAUGAUUCUCGCACUCUCAGAUAUAUGGACAACUUCAAAAUCUGGCAUGUGCAGGACACUUUAUUCUGUGAGUCUAUUCACAAUUAUACCCUCCCUCCCUGGGCUACCAAAGAAGUAAGGAGCAAGCUGUCAGAGCUAACUGAGUUAUCUUUAUCAAGCCUAUUUGGCGUUUACAAAAGAGAAGAGAAAGCACGUCUGCAAGGAGGUCUCCUUGUGAAAUCUAUUCUAAGCAGUCUCUCAAAAGCUGCUCACUUUCCAAAGAAGAGGAAAAUGCUAAUCUAUUCUGCACAUGACACUACGCUUGGUGCCCUGCAGAUGGCGCUCAAUACUUACAAUGGAAGACUGCCUCCGUAUGCAUCUUGCCAGAUGUUUGAAUUGUAUCAAGACAACAAUGGGCAACACACCAUUGAAAUGUAUUUUCGGAAUGACACUUCGAAAGAACCGUAUCCCCAGACUUUGCCUGGCUGCUCAUCUGUGUGUCCACUAUCAAAUUUUGAGCAACUGGUUUUGCCCAUCCUCAUAGACGAUUGGGCCAAUGAAUGUGAGCGGACAGAAAAAAAGAAAGGAACAUAUUCUCAAAGUGACAUGAUCCUGGAAACCAGCGAAAACCCAGACAUGGACACAGAGGAUGAGGGACCAGUAGCGUCAACGGAAGUGCCCAAAUCUACCGAGAUCCCUGAAACUGAGAAACCUGAGUCAGAGACCCCUGGUCCCACAACAACGACUGCUGUCCCUGAGUCUACGUCCGACAUGGAGAUAGCAUACUCACCUGCAAGGGCCUCACAACCCACAACCCACAAACCCACAACGCAGGACUCAUACCUGGGCUGAGCUCUUGGAGAGACAAAGGAGUGCUAGGCUGCAGGUCUGAGGCCUGCCCUGCCCUCUUAAAGUCUUCUACUUAUGUAGGAAGGGCCGGAGCCAGAGGGGCAGGUUUUGGGUAUCAAGGCAUAAAAGGCUUCAGUCCAGUCCAAGAGCUGGUUGGAGCCAGUUGCUCGCUAGCAGCAUGGCUUGCCCUGCAGUCUCCUCCUCCGGACCACAACAGGACACAAGCAGGCUGACAGCAUAUUUCGCAAAGAAAGAAAACACAGCAAUGCUUAACUGCAAAGAAAAAAACCUGGCCCAAAAA